CAUUUCACGCAAACUCCGACUCCCCUCUCGCUUCUCUCAUUUCUCUGUCACUCAGCGCUAUCUGACGCCGUCCUCCUCCUCUCCCUUUACAGCUCCUCUUUCAAAAAAAAAAACGAAAAAAAAAAACUCUCUUUCUGUUUUUUUCGCUCACAGAAAACAUGCUGGUAGGAGAGGAGGAGGAGAGAAGAAGAAGAAACGCCUCAGAGGCGACAAGAGAGUAAGGAAGCGGGGAAAGUUGUGAGAGGCGACCAGAUGGACCGGAGGAGGAAACGGGGAUCUCCAAUGCGCUUUUAGGAGGGAUCAAUAAACAACUAGAUGAAUCAAAGUUGGUGAUUGAGAGAAGACAGGGCGCGUCACCGCGGGUGCGUGGACGCGGACGUGAACAAGACAGCAGCGGCUGUGGGUCCCGUCUCCGUGUGGAUCUGGCUCCUCAUGCGCCGCGGCAACUUUUAAGGGGCCUCCGAGAGGAAAAAAGGAGGCGAAGAAGAAGAAGAAGCCUUGGAGGAAGGAAGAAGCUGAUCGAUAAGCUCCCGGGGAAUCCCGCAAGCGCAAGCCGGGGUUUAAGGCGUUGGCACCCGGGCAGGGGAGUCCCUCGUCAUGGCCGGGGCCAAGCCGGGAGUCCACGCGUUGCAGCUGAAACCCGUGAUCGUCCACGAAGAGCUGAAGAAGGGGAGCAAGUUCAUCAGAUGGGAAGAGGAUUGUGCCAGCUCUAUACCCGUCCUGGGGACCCUGAAAGUCGACGAAAAUGGGUUUUACCUGACAUGGAUAGCAGGGGGCCAACAGGAGACCGAAAUCAUUGACAUGUGGACAAUCUGUGACACAAGGAAAGGAAAGUACGCCAAGCCACCGAAGGAUCCUAAGUUACGGGAGAAGCUGUCCUAUGAAAAAGAGCGGUUGGAAUCAAAUCUGCUGACCAUCGUCUAUGGAGUAGACAUGGUGAACGUCUCGUUCAUGUAUUUGUUGGGUUUGGAUGAGAAAACCACACAGAUUUGGACAGAUGAGCUCUUCGACCUGGCGACCAACAUACUGUCCAGGAAUUCAUCGAGGAUCAGGCACCUUUACAAAGCGUACACUAAACUAAAGCUCCAUGGGAAUUCGGAUGGGAGGAUCCCUAUGAAGCACUUUUUGAAGUUGUUUUCUGAUAAGAAGAGGGUGGAGACUGCAAUGGAGCAGUGUAACCUAAACAACAACAAGUCUGAAAGUGUAAAAACCGAGGAUUUGACAUGGGAGGUUUUUCUAAAGUUCCUCGAUAACUUGUGCAUCCGACCCGAACUGCAGAGCAUCUUUGAGGAAUGCGGUGCUCGGAGGAAACCGUUCAUCUCUCUCGACCAGUUCCUGGAGUUCCUCAACGACAAGCAGCGGGACUCCAGGCUGAACGAGGUGCUGUACCCCCCCCUGAAACGAGACCAGGUCCGACAGGUCAUGGAGAAAUUUGAGAGCAACCUCAGCCAGCUGGAGAGAGACCAGCUCAGUUUGCAGGGUUUCAGUCGAUUCCUCAACAGUGAGGAAAACAAUAGCUUACCUCUAGAAAACCUUGACCUCUUUGAUGACAUGACCCAUCCGCUGGCUCACUACUUCAUAAACUCCUCUCACAACACCUACCUCACAGUGGGUCAGCUGACGGGCGCGUCAUCGGUGGAGAUGUACAGGCAGGUGCUGCUCACUGGCUGCCGUUGCAUUGAGCUGGACUGCUGGAAGGGCAAACCACCAGACGAGGAGCCGUACAUCACCCACGGCUUCACCAUGACCACUGAGAUCCCAUUUAAGGAGGUGAUUGAAGCGAUAGCAGAGAGCGCUUUCAAGGCUUCCCCUUACCCCGUCAUCCUGUCUUUUGAAAACCACGUCGACUCACCUAAGCAGCAGGCCAAGAUGGCGGAGUACUGCAGGACGAUUUUUGGAGACGCCCUGCUCAUUGAUCCACUGGAUAAAUAUCCGCUGGAACAAAAUGUCCCUCUUCCUUCACCACAAGAACUGAUGGGAAAGAUCCUGAUCAAAAACAAGAAGAAGCCUCAGCUUGAGAAGACAACCGUACGGCGCAAAGAUCCCGUCCCGAUCCAGCCGUCGCCCUCCUGUGAUUCCCCCCUCACAGACACAGAGGGACAGAAGAUCCUGUCCAACGGCGACCAAAAGCAGGCUGAGAAGACGGCCAAAGACCCGGGGCACCGAGGAGAAGGAGAAAGUGAGGAGGAAGAGGAGAAUGAUCCGCUGCCAGAGGGAAAAAAGGCUGCCAGUGAAGAGGGUACAGCCCUAAACGAAGUGUCCGCCACCGAGGAGAUGUCCAAUCUCGUCAACUACAUCCAGCCUGUUAAAUUCAAGGGCUUUGACAAUGCGUUGAGGAGAAGAAGGCACUAUGAGAUGUCUUCAUUUGUGGAAACCAAAGCCAUAGAAAUCCUGAAAACCUUCCCCUUUGAGUGUCUUACGUAUAAUAAGAAGCAGAUGAGCCGGAUCUACCCCAAAGGAACGAGGGUAGAUAGCUCCAACUACAUGCCUCAGCUCUUCUGGAACAUCGGAUGCCAGAUGGUGGCACUGAACUUCCAGACUCUUGACCUCCCUAUGCAGCUGAACAUGGGCGUAUUUGAGUAUAAUGGCCACAGCGGCUACCUGCUGAAGCCAGAGAUCAUGACGAGGGGGGACAAACAGUUUGACCCCUUUACAGAAGAAAUAGUGGAUGGGAUUGUUGCCAAUACUGUCACAAUUCGGAUAAUCUCAGGUCAGUUCCUGACAGAUAAAAAGGUUGGCGUAUAUGUGGAGGUCGACCUGUUUGGACUUCCACGAGAUACAAAGAGGAGGUGCAAAACCAAGACCUCCAAUGGGAACUCCAUGGACCCCGUGUGGGAAGAUGAGCAGUUUAUCUUCUACAAGGUGAUUCUCCCCUCACUGGCCUCUCUGAGGAUAUCUGCAUUUGAAGAAAACGGCAAGUUCAUCGGACACCGAAUUCUCCCAGUUUCUUCCCUCAAACGUGGUUACCGCUACAUCAACCUGAGGACAGAGUUUAACCAGCCACUAUUAAUGGCCUCUCUGCUGGUUUACACUGAAGCUAAGGACUAUGUCCCUAAUCAACACAUGGACUACAUCGAGGCCCUGACCAACCCCAUUAAGCACAUCAACCAGUUGGACGCAAGAGAAAUGCAGCUCGCUGCUCUCUUGGAGGAAGCUGAGUCUGAAGACGACUCCAGUGAGUUGCAGGAUAUUCCAGAAUCACUCCCUUCCCCUGAGCUGCCGCUUCCCAGCAGCCCUUUUGAAGAGACGCCUGAAUGGCUACCUCCACCAGUGCAAAGUCCCACGGAGGAGGAUUUCAUAGUAGCCAUAGUCACAGAUGUCCCAAGUCUGUCUCUGGAGGAACUGAAGCAGAAUAAGAGUCUCACCAAGCUGAGAAAGAAACAUAUUAAAGACUUCAAUGAGCUGCGAAAGAAAAACCAAAAGAAGAUUCAGUCUGAGAGUCAAAAGAAGCGGACCACCAUUGAGAAAAACUUCAAGCGUAGCAUCAAGAAAGGUGAUUCCCAGGAGAAGAUUGGAGACCUGGAGAAGCAGAAGGCCCAGCUCUGGGAGAAUAACAUGCAGGAGCUGCUGGAACUCCGACAGGGUUUUUAUAUGCAGGAAAAACAGAUGCAACUGCAGCACCUGGAAGAGGAGCAUGAGAAGCUAAAACUGACGGUGACUGAAUAUCAAGAACUUCACACCAAGAAGCUCACAGACCUUUGCAGCAAGGAGAAGAAGGAGAUCCAAAAGGUCCUGGAAAAGAAGCGAAUACAGAGCCUUGUAGAAGCAAAGAAGAAAGAUCCUGACUUGAAAUUAUCAGAUUUCAACAAGAAACACAUAAACGAUUGUGUGGAGAUUUUUCGCAAGCUUGAGAAGUUGCAAAUCGUGAGAAAAGAGAAGUUCUUACUGAAGCAUCUGGAAAUGACGCAGCAGAUGGAAAGUCUGCUUACACAGCUUGAGUCGCAGCUGAAUGAAAAACUGGAGGAGGAGUACCGUCAGCUGCCGAGAGACAUCAGUCAGCACCUUCCUUCGGACCUGCAGAACAAAGGCGCCUGUAUGGGCUCCCCGUUAUCCGCCGAGUCCAAUCACACCUCUGGCACGCCCUCCAACUGCUCCAUGCCCUGGUUCCCCACAUCGUUGGACAAGAGCAUGGACAACAAUCAGGGCUCGCUGCACGACUCCACGUCCUCCUCCACUACUCCUGCCCCGUCGGAGUCAGAACUUUCUUUCAACUAGACUUUUACAUUUUACAGAGAGACGGAAAAAGACGGGGGUCUAAAGUGAUCAUCUGGGGGGUAGAAAUGAUUAUGGAUUAUCUACUAAUUUUAUUCUUUUCUUUAAAAGAAAUCACUGUUUUGUCUUUGUCUACAGAGCUGUAUUUUUUAUUUUGCUGUUUUUGACAAAUUUGUUAUUGAAAUCUUCUUUAGCGUCAUAAUCAAACCUUUCUUUUUUUACACACUUUUAAAACAAUGUUCUUGUUGAUUUAGGCGUCUCUUUUAAUUUUUGUAUUCCUCUGUCUUGCAGCCAGUCAGAUUUGCUGCUUCAUGGCGACCCAGGGAAGCUGAAACUUUGUGUUUCAAACAUCUUUAACCUCUUUUUUAUACACUUAUUUUUCUGGAAAGCUUUAAAUUGUGUUGAACAAAGCAGCAUUUGACAUUUUACUGGUUCAGAUGUUAUCACCAUGGAUAGUUUUUAGACCCAAAUAUGUAAAAAAAAAUAUAUAUAUAUUCAAGCUAAAAUUAAGGGAUUUCGUUUUUAAAAGUUUUUAAAUCUGAAAAAUUGAACUGUAAUAGCAGAACCUGACCACUAGAUGGCGAUAGAGGCUUACCCUCUUCCUUCCUGUGGAAAUAUUCAGCACUCCAUGACCAUCUUCACCACAAUCUGCAGCCCAGUUGAUCGUCUUUCUGUUCUGGGGUUUCUGUUUUCAUCUUCUCUCUGAAAUGUCUUUAAUUUGAAUGUUUUUUUUAUCUCCUGUGUGCCAUGGCAGCCUGGAGGAGGACAUUACCUAAAUUAGCAGGACUACUGUGGAAUAAGCUGCACUAUGACAUCUUAAUGUAACUGAGACUCUGUUUCCAUGUUGUUGUUGUUUUAAGGCUGAUUUAACUCUAAUUCCAUAACCUCGAUGCUUUAAAGCCGACAUAAGAAAAGUUUUAUGUAGAUUUUAUUUCUCCUUUUAUUUUAUUUCUUCCCCCAAUUUACUGUGGUGCACAAAGUUAAUGGUACGUUGGGUCUGCUUCUACCAAAGCUUCCGGUUUUUCUGUAUUAUUUUUUGUGAGUAUUUUCUCUUUGUCCACUCUGACUGGUGAAAUGAUGGUACUAUGUAUAGAUGAUCUGUGUAUAUGUGUAGCUGUACAUGAGUUUUACUACUGACUACUAAUGUUGGUGGGUGAUGGAGGUUAAAUUGGGGUGUGGGAAGAACCAAAACUAGUCUAAUUUUAUUCUUUUGGUUUUAUUUUUUUAAUAUUUAGGGAAUCCUGUUUGCUUUUUAUGAGCACUGGCUGCCUUUGUUUCUUCAUGACCCCUAUAAUUACAUAUCUGAUUGAGCUGAUUGUUGGCAUGGAUUCUUUGGAGGAUUGGGUUUACAUGGACCCUGCGUGAUGCGUUCAUUCAGCGGUUCUGACAUUUCCACCCAGCUGCUAAACUUCCAGGUGUUUGAGGCUUAAAACACUGAGACUGUUAAAAAUCAGUUUUCUACCAUUAAUGUCUCUGGAAUCCUAACCAGAUCAACGGAAAAUCAAAUGAAUCGGUUAUCUAAAAACAAUAGUUUGUUUUAAUUUAAUUAUAAAAUUACACCAUUAUAACUUUUUCAGACGACCACAUGGAUUUUUAAAAUAUUUUCUAUCUCCUUUUCAUCCAGUGAGGUCUUUCUUUUGUUGACUUGGAUGCAGGAUUGGACUUGAUGUAAAGUUGGAAGAUACUAAUAAAUCAUCUCCAUCUUGAA